CUGCCUUUUGCUUGGAUCACUGCAGCGGUCCCAGUGGUCAGUCUAAUUCUGUCUGAGCUGGUCGGGUGGAGGAGGGGGAUUGCUGUAUCUGCAAUCCCAGGCCCAACCUGCCAAAGGGCAAAGACACCGACCGUCUAAACUUGGUCUCUGUCACUCUGUCUCUCCAGCCUUUUCCUCUCCUGUAGAAUUAAAGACAAACGUUAGAAAAUAUCUGGACUUUUUGUCCGUCUGAUAAAAGAAAGGAAGUUCUAAUUUACAAAGAAGAGUCUUGUCUUGGCUUAAGAGUUUUUCACGCUGGAAUACCUGGUAGGAUUAAAUCGUUCAGAGGAGUGAGGAAAAUCCUGAUGUUUUAUCUUCAUGGAAACAUAAUCUGCAGAAGGAUUGCCUUUUCAGAAGGAUUUUAAUUCUGGAAGUAUGACUGAAGCAGCUGAAGCUCGAUCGUCAGUGACAACCACCAUGGUCAUUGACGGGAAGGCCGGAGAGGCCGGCUCGACGACUCUCCGGUCGUCAAAGAAAAUGUUUACAGACGACCUCUACUCUACGUUCAGCUCCCCUCUGGCCUGGAUCCUGGUUCUGGCACUAAUCAUCACCUGGACAUGCGUGUUCAUUAUUAUGUUUGAUGUGGCCGACUAUAAGACCAUUGCAGAUCGCCCUCCUGCUGGGAUCAGGAAGGUUUUAAAGAGUUCAGGGCGCAGAGGAGGUCUCAGUAAGUUCGGUUCAGAUCCUGUGAAGGUGGUGAACGAUGCCGUGGACGAAUCAACAAACAUUAUUAGCGCCAUGUUCAGUUUCGCUGCGAACCUCAUUGCUCCAGACGAAGAAGAAGGAAUGCUGUAUGCGGUGAGGAAAAAAGGAGAAUUUUUACCGCCAAGAAGUAAAGUUAUAGGAAUGCAAGUUCAGACAAAACUAGAAAAGGCAGAAGAAGCAGCAAAGGAAGAGGAAGAAGAGGCCUCUGAGGGGGAGGAAGAGGAUGAAGAUGAAAUAGAGGAAGAAGAAAUAGAGGAGGAGGAGGAAGAGGAGGAGGAGUAUGAUGAGGAAGGGGAAUAUGAAGAGGAUUAUGAUGAGUAUGAGUAUGAGGAGGAAUAUGAGGAGGAUGAAGAGGAAGAUGAGGAAGCAGAAGAAGAGCAGGAGGAAGAAGAGGAGGAGGAACAGGAAGCAGUAAGCACUGAAGAAGUUGAAGAAGAAGAGGAGGAGGAAGAAGAGUUAGCUGAAGAUGAGGAAGCAGAGGAGGAGGAAGAAGAAAAGGAGGAAGAAGCACUAGAAUCUGAAGAAGAUGAGGAAGAGGAGCUAGAAGGAGACAUCCAAGAGAAGGACGAAAAGGAGGAGGAAGGAGAGGAGGAGGAUGAAGGAGCUGAACUGGAGGAAACUGGAGAACCUGAAGAGGAGGAAGAUGAUGGAGCUCCUCCAUCAGCUGCAGUAGAGGCUGAGGAUGAUGAAGAGGAGGCAGGAGAAGAAGAUGAAAAAGAAAUGAAGGCAGAUGCUGCAGCUGCUGAUGAAGAGGAGGAGGAUGAAGAAGAAGCUGCAGCUGCUGAUGAAGAGGAGGAGGAUGAAGAAAAAGAAGCUGCAGCUGCUGAAGAAGAGGAGGAGGAUGAAGAAGAAGCUGCACCUGCUGAUGAAGAGGAGGAGGCCUCUGAUGAAGCUGCUGAUGAAGAGGAGGAGGCGUCUCCUGAACCCGUCUCCACCUCAGAUGAUGAAGAGGCGUCUCUGUCUCCUGAUUCCGACGUUCCCGUUGUUGUCAUAGACGGCGAUGAAGACUCGCCGCUGCCUGACGAUGAUGAUGUCAAAGAUGAAGAGGAUGACAGCAGUGACGAUGCGUUUGUGGAUUCCUCAGAAAUCAGUGACUCAGCACUUCUGUCCAGUGAGGAAGACGAUGAAGAUGACAGACUAGCAGCGACGUCAGACAGCGAUGAUGUCAUCGCAGAGGACACUGAGGAAGACUUGGAUCUAGAUCUUCCUCACAUAGCAGUUUCUAGUGACGAGGAUCUUAAAGUUAAAGAUGAGGAAGAUCUUUCUCCUCUACCACCUGUCGAUGAUGAUGAUGAUGAUGAUGAUGACGUAAAGGUUUCUGAGGAAGAUGAAGAUGACCUGGACCAAUCAGACGACCUUUCUGUGGCUUCCUCUGAACUGUUUGCAGAUGAUGAAGAUGAAGGUAAAGAUGAAGACCUUGAUAAGGACGACCUCAUUGACCUUGAGGUUGAUGAAGAUGAAGAUCUUAUCAAACCUUUACAGGCGGAAGAACAAGAAGUAGCAGAGGAGGAAGAGGAAGACGAAGAGGAAGAGGCGGACGUUCUUCCUUUGGUCAGCUCAGACAGUGGAGUGUUGGGCGACGAAGAUGACGACGAUGAUGAAGAUCUUGAUGAGGACUCUCUGAGUGAUGAUGAAGAUGAAACCGAGGAAGACGAUGUUGAGACGAGCUUCGAUGAUGAAGAGGAGAAAGAAGUGAUAGAAACAUUGGUUGGCACAGAGGAAGACAUUGAUGAAGCCGAGGAUGACGAAGGUGAAGGUGAAGAUGAAGAUGAGGAAGAUGAAGACGAGGAAGAUGAUGAUGGACUUGAUGACAUCCUGUUGUCAGCCGCCAUUGCAGCAGCGAUCACUGGCCAGGAGGAGGCAGCAAAGACUGCUGUAGAUGAUGAAGAGGCUGAAGCUGAUGAAGACAAGGUGGAGGAAGAUGAAACAGAAGAAGCUGAGACCAGCCAGCCUGCUGCUCCUGAGGAGAAAGAUGAAGAAGAAGAAGAAGCUGAAGAAUCUGUUUCUAAGCCUCAGAAAUCCAUCGACAAAUCCGAAGACAAGGAAGAGGAGUACGAUGAAGACGGAGAUGAAGAAAAGGCCACAGUGGAUGUGAUCAAACCUGUGCCUGAGCCAGAGGAGGAAACACCCAAAACAGAACCAACAGAGUGUCCCUGCCUACAUUCUGCAAAGACACAAGAGACUGUCACCAAGACUGCAGAUAAAAAAGAUGCUCCCAGGAGGGUGUCGGCUGUGCGACGGAAAAAAGAACAGGAAGCUGUGAAGAAGACAGAUGAAAAGCCAAGAAGACAAGCUCUUCCUAGAUUUCCAGCUCUGGAGCCAAAAGCCAGGAGAAUCCGAAGAUUAGCUCCUCUUCUGAAAGCUAAGAUAAAACAGAAAAGCAAGAUGUCAAAAACAGUGAUGGAGACCAAGAAACAGGAAGAGACCACAGAGUCUGCACAGGAAGUCAGUCCCUGCAGACCUGCUCCAGUUUACUGCCCGGCCCCCCCAGGAUGGUACGUUCAUCACAUCGUCACAGACAAUCCGUACCCUCCUCCAACCAUGUCAGCUCCCUCUGCUCCGAUUGUGACCGUUCACCCUCCAGCUUCUCCAUCACAGCCUCCAUAUCAGCAGCCUCCUCCUUCACUAAUGCAGCCGCUCUAUGCUCACUAUCAGCCAUAUCAGCCACCAGUGCAACCUGCAAUGCCACCUCCUGCAGAACCUUCUCCAUCAGUGCAACCAGAACAUCCAGAGGCUCCACAACCGGAACCACCGGUGGAGCCUGAGGCACCGACUCCAGCUAUUGAAGCUCCGCCAGCAGCAGCUGAAGACCAGGAACCAGAGAAAGUUGUGAGAAAAGCUCCCUCAGUGAAGAAAGCUGCAAAGAAAAAAACUAAGGUUGCUAAUUCAGUAAAAGGUAAAGCUCCAAAAAAAGAGAAAACCAAACUUUCUGCUGAGGCUAAAAAAGAGAAGCUUCCAAAGGAGAAAUCCAAACUUCCAGCUGGAGCUAAAAUAGAGAAGCCUGCAAAGGUGAAAUCAAAACUUCCAACAGAAGCUAAAAAAGAGAGGCCUACAAAAGAGAAAACCAAAUCAAGAAAAGAGCCUGCAGCUGUACAGCAGAAGAGGAAAUCAGCGCCUAAGAGGACAGCGCCGGCUGUCAAGAGCAAAGUCAAAGCAUCCAAAGAUAAGAAAGAACCAGAAUCACGUCCACAGCCUCUGAGACUGAGGACGAGACUGGAAGCUGACAGGAGGACAAACGUGACGGCUAGAGCUGAGCCAAAGAAACCAGUCAGAGUUUCCUUUAAAUCAGAAAAAGCUGUAAAGGCUAAAAAGAAACCAGUCAAGAAAGCUGAAGAUAAAGUCAAACAGCCACCAAAAACUCAGGAGCCUGAGACUGAAGACAAUGUUACAAAGACCGAAAAGAAGAAACCGAGUCAGAAAUACUUCCAGUGCAUCUAUUUCCCAGGAAAACACGCACACUAUCCUUUACGACCUUUCACCCCGGCCAUGUCUCCCGCCAUGUUGUCCCCUGCUGUCCGGUCGAUGCUGGAGCAGCAGAGAGCAGACAGAGCAGCGGGACACUGACCUGACUGACGGACAGAUCUCUAAUUCUGUGACUUCCUUUGUCUGCGAUUAAAACACAGGCAAGAAAACAAAGAGGACAGAUUUUAUUUUUAAUUUAGUGAUUUAUUCAGUGGUUGAGCUGCUGGGGACACUUAUGAAAUGUUCUCAGUCUUUUGCACCCACAGCUAUACUUUCACUGCAAUACAUUGUGACUAAGUUUAAGAUUUUCUUUGCAAAUACAUACAUUUUCAAUCAACCCUUUGUUUUUUUAUAUAAUUAUAACCACAAGGAAUUUCAAAGCUGACAGUUUUUACCUUUUUCUGCUCCACUACUAAAUGUCACAGCAGUGACCUGCGCUGGCCCUGAUCACCACAGAUCACCUGUGGGUGCAAGAGAUUAGCAUGCUAACAGUGAAGACUCCAAACCCAGAGGCUCCCACUUUUAUCCCAGCAGCAACCCGUCUCCAGACAUCCAGCAGUAAAAUCCUGCUGCAUGGUAAUAAAAACUGAGAGGCUCUCUAUCAGAGAACAGGAUGAUGUCCUGGUUUAACCUUUAAAUAUUUAAAUUACAGGCAUUUCUCCUUUUAUAGUUCAAAUCCCAGAAAACAAGCCAAUUUCUUCCUUUUUUAUGCCAUCAAGUAAGACCCAACUGCAACGCAAAAAGUUAGGUUUUACAAACAAAUGCAUAUAUAAAACUAAUUUUAAAAAAGUAUAUUAAAGAGAGCAACUAAACUAGAAAAACAAAAGUUACUGUACAAAACAAAUUAUGGCAAAAAUGAAAAGCAGUGCAAUUUAAAUAUGUGGAAUUAGAACUUUGUAAUGUGGAGAUUUCUGCUUCAGUGUGAGUCAAAAUAAACAAUAAUAUUAAGAAAAUUGGCAGUUAUUUAUAUAUGUUAUCAGUAAAAUUGGAGAUAAAGAAUUAAAUGUACACAACAUCUGAAUUAUUAAUCAUUAAUAUUUUAGAUAAAAAAGAACCUUGAAAUAAUUUUAUUUCUAUUAUGCAUAAAAAAAUACACUUAAUUACUUUUUAAAAAUCCAUAUUUUAUUCGGUUAUUGGAACCUUUUACCUCAAUGUUUUGAUUAAAUUGUGGCACUUUCAGGCCUCCGUAGCCAACGGUGGAGAAGCUGCAGGAGGUUUAGCGUGAUGCGUUUGGAGACGGGGAAACUGCAGGACAACUUAGACGUGACCAACUGAAGCGACGUUGUGAUUGAAUGUAGUUUUAUCAGCCUGUGAACCGGGCCCGAUGCGCCGUCGCUUUUUUACCUCGAUUCUUCUCGGUUCUGGUGAUGUGACUCAGCAACAAGUUCACCGUUAUGGUUUUAUGACUUACUGAGCGCUGCCAGACAUUUCCUUCUGUUGUCUUAUUGAAUAGAAAUCUAUGCUACUGUAAAGGAACCAAAAGGGAGUUUCUACUCCCACGAUGUUUCACUCCUGAUGGUUCUGUGCACAUGAUUAUUAUCAAAGAAUGUUGAAAUUAAAUAGUUUAUGUGACAGAAUAGUCCAGUUUACUCGUACUGCUGCAAAAGGACUAAAUAAAGCAGUUUGACAUGUGGGACUGAAUGUGGAUAAGCUGUGCCGAAUUAGCUGAUCUUUCUGAAAUGUCAACACAAAUAAAGCAGAGAAAACUAUUAAAAUGCAGAGUUUAGUUUUGUAAACCUGCAGAGAACUUCUGUCAUCUAAAACAGUGAAUCCCCGACAAUUUAGAGUUUUCUGAGGAAUGCAACUCCAAACUAUUCACAGAAAAUUCACAGAUUCAAGGAUUCAUUUCUUACAGCGUUUCUAAAAUAUUUGAAAGAAAAUGCAGGUUAGGAAGCUGAAAUAUUUUGACACAAUCCUACUGGUCGUUCGCAAAGCAGCCAAUCCAGAGAUGUGCAAGUGCUACGACAUUUUCCUCUGUGCAUAUUAAUGGAUAUUAAGGUAUAUUUGGUGUUUGAACAAUGAAAAAUAUGCAGUUAUAAGAGUAAUAAGAGACGGGCUCAAGUAAUUUUGCUGCUUGUUGGUGACUUUGGUCCCUAACCCAUAAAUACUGGGGAUCCACUGUAGAAUUACCAAAGAUUCUACAGUGAGAUUCGUGGACAAUGUGGACAUUUCUGACAAGUUUUCCAAAGCAGCUCAAAUGUGUAGUUCUUUGUUAUUUUUGAGUUUGCCGAUUACCAGUUUGCGUAAACUUCCUCAGAAAGUCAGAAAGUUUGGGUGGGAAAUAUUAUUUUAAUUCUGCCAAACAUCUGGUUUUGGUUUGUUUGAUGCUUUUAACCUUCAGGUUUGUUGAAAACUUUGGAGUCCAAAUCUAAAAUGGGUUCAAGGAAACUCUGGUCUCAGUUCUUUACAGGACUGGACUGACUACAGUGAAUGUGUUUGUUGGAAUGGCCUUAAAUCACACCUGUUAGCCAGGUGUUAACCUUCAGUUUGUUGUAAAUGUCGUGUUUGCAGCUUAUAUUUGUGUUAUUUACAUUAACACACAGUAUUUACAUUGUACUGCUGCAGGUAUAUGUAUUUUUAUUUAAUUAUUAGUGUAGAUUAAUGUCAGUGAUGAAAGGACAGACUAUGAUGUCAUAAAAACAAACAGAAGGAGCAGACGUCAGUGCAAUCUGAUGUAAAUAUCAUGUUUGGUGGGAAACUUAGUUGAAGCUUGAAUAUAUUACAGGUUUUAAAUUCAUGUUUGAUUUUGUUAAGGUGAGUUGACUUUUUAUGCAUGUUGUUACAUUUUAUCACAAUACUUUGCCUUGACGUUUUUGUUUUAUUCCUUCUUUCUUUUAUUUCACUGUUAGUUUUUCAUCUGCAGAGGAAUGAGCAUUUAUUGAUCUUAAACCUCUGAGACAAAAAAAUGUUUGUUGGCAUUUUUCCAACUGUGAGCAGAAUGAAAGCAGUAAGAAA